AGCUAGCUAGAGAGAUUUACUUAAAGUCAUACGCGCGGGAGAAAUGCAUAUCGGAUGUGGAAGUAGUAGUAGUGAUGAUGAUGAUGUUGGCAAACGUUACGAGAAAAUCAAGAACGGGUCUUGGCUAGGCCAGUUUGGGGAUGUAUGCAAUCCAUGGAUGGCUAGAUAUGCCUAUGGAUUGCUCUUUCUUCUUGCAAAUUUACUCGCUUGGGCUGUUCGUGACUAUGGCUCUAGCUUUUUCAAAGCAAGCAAAAGGCUUAAUGAAUGCAACGGUGGAAAAGAUUGUUUGGGCACGGACGGGGUUCUUAGAGUCAGCUUGGGAUGUUGCAUGUUCUAUUUGAUAAUGUUUGCAUCCACAAUAUUCAUCCCAAAGGUGAAUAGUUGGAGAGAAAAAUGGCACUCUGGGUGGUGGAUUCCAAAGAUAGGGAUGAUGGGUGCCCUACUUGUGUUUCCAUUCUUUCUUCCUAUCAAGUUUCUUUCCAUCUACGGCUUGAUUACAUAUUUCGGAACUGGGGUGUUUCUAGUGAUCCAGCUGAUAAGCAUAAACGGAUUCAUAAACAGGGUGAGCGAAUGGUGCGAAUCGAAAGACCGAAGCUGCCCGGUGAUGAUGUUUGAGACAAUUCUCCAUAUAUUCUUCAUAAUGGUUAUCAUCUUCUUCUACAUAUGGUUUGUGCCACGCCGGUCCUGCGCCAUUAACAUCUUCUUCAUCACUGCAACUCUCAUUCUCCACCUCCUCAACACAGCCGUUGCCCUCUUCCUCACCAAGGCCAAUAAUGUAACUUCUUCUUCUUCCUCUUUGACUUCUGGUUUCAUGGGACUUUAUCUUCUCUUCCUCUGCUGGACUGCGCUUAAAAGUGAGCCGGGAGAAAAGUGCAUCCUAAUGGGAGGAUCUCACACUUCCAAAAUAGAUAUUGUCACCAUCGCAAGCUUUGUUUUGGGAAUCGUGGUAAUUGUGACUGCCACAUUUUCAGUUGGCUAUCAUUCCAAAAGGUUUGAGUUCAGGAGGGAACACGAAGAGCAUCAAGAUGCAGAUGAUGUUCCAUACAACUAUGGAUUCUUUCACUUUGUCUUUGCCGUAGGAACUAUGUAUUUUGCAUUACUCCUAAAUGGUUGGAACGCCGGCCACCCUAUGAGAAAGUUUACCAUUGAUGUGGGGUGGGUAGGCACUUGGGCAAGGAUAAUAAACGAGCUUGCAGCAGCUCUUGUUUACAUGUGGUUGCGUUUCUCGGACUCAAAAGGUGGAUCCCGCGGGGGCCUCACAGCCUGACCUGAAAGGUUAUAAAAGUAAAUUGCGAUUUAAUCU